CUCAUUGACUCACUCCUCCGUGCUUCAGCUGGCUGACUGAGUGCGCUGACACUGGGACCACUACCUGCUGUCUGGGGAUUAAGCAGGCUAUGAAUACCCGGAGUCGAAUUUGUUGUUUUGGCUGCCAGUGAAUGUUGGAUCCCCACAGAGCAGAAGCCGGAACAUAAAUCCUUGUGGCCGGGACACGGGGAGCGCCUCUGGACUAAGACAAGACAGAGGCAGGGAGAAAGGGACUGGAUGCUUGAUGAAGCGAGGAACAGAGAGACGACAAACCGGAGGGGAAACAGAAGAGACAGGACAAGUUCUUUGCUGACAGGCAACAGCAGAAGAGAGAAAAUCAGCCCAAGUCUUACUACGAUCAGGACCCAAUGAGAACCAUCUCCUCUCGUUAGUAGGCUGGGAUUUUUCUGUCAGGGUGCUGACAUGGGGGGAGAAAGCCUUACAAAUCUCAGCCUCCAGCUUCUUGGUUGAUUUCUGAUCGUGCAGGUUUUUCUCUUCUUUCUGUGAGUUGUUCAUUCAGAGUGUCUCUGUAUUUUCCUGCUCAUCCGUGGCUGCUUGGGGGAGGACACAGGUCGGCACUGUUGGGUGUAGAGGGGAUUGUGAUCGUCCUCCUCUCCCAACUUUUUCCCAUCUUCGCCACUUCUGCUGACCUGCUUUCGGUCCCGGCACACCAGCAGCGUGCGGGGGCAGUUGCUUACCCACUCCAUGAGAGUGGCCGGGAAUGAAGGUUAUUGAACUGAGGAGGCGUGGCAGGCACACAGGAGAGAAGGGGAGGGAACCCAAACCAUUUCUGUGAUCCCAGGAGCAUAUGGUUUAGCGAGAGGCAGCCAGCUGCUUUCCAGCCAUCCGGCUGAUCACGCUGCAGAAGACACAAGUUGCUCUGGUGACGGUGUCAGGUUUGGACAGAUCUUGCGCGCCGUGGUCGUGUAUCUGCUCAGCGUGGCAGGAACUCCCCGAACCAUCCGUUCAAGAAGUCAGUCCUCCGGAUGCAAAGAAGCAGUUGUGUUGACUGAGAGGAGCGCCACGCAAAUCAUCGCUGAGGAGAGCAGACAAGCAUUGUUGCCCCCAAAAGGCAGCAGCCACAGGGAGGCUAGAAAAGAUGCUCAGAAAUCAGUUCGUAGGGAAAUAAUUGUGACACCACAUGUUGUUGGUGAGCACCAGACCUUGGCUUGUUUUCAAAAGGCUUUUGACAAAGAGAGGGAGUUCUCGAGGAGCCGGCUCUGUCAGACCCCUUCCACCUCCGUCUAAUUACCAGUCAGGGUCACUGGGAAGAACUGAGAAGAUUCCUUCUGUGGAUUUACCGUCAGUCUCCUGUGGAAGUUUUCGUUGUGGAUAUCUGACAAUCCUAAAAUACCCACGUCCCAAUGGCCACAUUUCUAGCUCAGAAGCAUCUCACACACAUGAAUGCCAAGAGCGCCUUUACACCCAUUUACUAACACAUUACCAACACCCACUUAAAUCCACACACAUAUUUGCACUGUAAGUAUAACACACUUCACAGAAUACGCACACUUAUUCACACAUUGAAAGCCCAUCAGUUUGUCUCUUUCCCAGCAGACACAGCUCAAUGGAGGUUGCAUGGACAGGUGGGGGGCUGUAGGAGCUCAUCGACCCCGUCCCCCUGUCUGUCCUCGUUUCUCAAAUGGAUGUUAUCAUCUCUAAAAAUGUGUUACUUGGAAACCGCUGAAAGCUUGCCGCUGCCAUUCUCAUCCAGAAACAUUCACCGGGUCCCCGCCGCGGUGCUCAGCUGGAACCACAGCUGAGACACGGACCAUUACGGGUUUUCCUUUGCUUUGUAUCUUCUCUUCAUCUUCAUCCCCUGUCCUUACCCCACCGCCAUCAUUUUUUCCAACGGGUCUUUGGGCACCCCUCGUCGCCCCGCUCGCCCCGUCAUCUCCUCCACCCUGGAGGGGAGGGGGUCAUUGGAGUGGAGCAUGAGCGGGUGCCACUAUCCCUCGCCGACUCUGCCGGAGCGGGAUCGUAGGUACCAGCACAAGGUGUCCUUGGUGGUGCGCUACUUUAUGAUCCCCUGCAACAUCUGUUUGAUCCUGCUGGCCACAUCGACGCUGGGCUUCGCCGUGCUCCUGUUCCUCAACAACUACAAACCUCCUCACUUCACACCGGCCCAGCCUCCUGAUGGCUGUAGAGGAAAGCUGUGUGGUUUCGGUGCUGUAUGUGAGCGGGACCCAACUGACCAGGCCAAGGCUGAGUGCGUCUGCAAGAGGGCGGAGUGUCCAUCCUUGGUGGCGCCUGUUUGCGGAUCCGACUCGUCCACCUACUCCAACGAGUGCGAGUUGGAGAAGGCCCAGUGCAACACGCAGCGACGCAUCAAGGUGCUUCGCAAGGGACCCUGCUCUCUGAAAGACCCCUGCGCCGACGUGAAGUGCAGCUACGGCAGCACCUGUGUCCAGUCGACAGACGGCUUGGCGGCUAAAUGCAUGUGCCCGCUCGGCUGCGAGGGCAAGCCCGAGGAGAAGGUGUGUGGCAGUGAUGGGAAGGACUACCGCAACGAGUGUGAGCUCCAUCAGCACGCCUGCAAGAGCCAGAAGAACAUCCGGGUGCACUUCCAAGGGCCCUGUGACCCGUGCAAAGACAGCGAGAACAGUCUGAGCACGAUGUGCCGAGUGGAGGCUCACACCCGCCAGACCUUGACGUUCGACCUGCCGGAAUCGUGCCCUCCGGACAGAGAGCCUCUGUGCGCCAGUGACGGUGCAACCUACCCCAGCGAGUGCGCCAUGAUAUCAAAGGGCAUCCAGAAAGGCAUCAAGCUCAGGAAGAUCCACGCAGGACGCUGCAAGAGGCCCGAGGAGUGCAAGGAGGGGUGUCUCUACAACGCCGUGUGCCUCGUGGAGCAGCUGAACGCCCGGUGCUCCUGCGACCCCAUCGAGUGCGACGGCACCUACAAGCCCACGUGCGGCGAGGACGGCCACACCUACAACAACGACUGCAUCCGACGCAAGACCGAGUGUCUGAGCAAGACCCUCAUCCCCAUCAGGCACCCGGGGCCCUGUGAUCUCAAUAAACCAAGCCCCUGCUUGGAUAAGCAGUGCGAACACGGGGCGGUAUGCGUGGUGAAGAACGACGAGCCGGUGUGUGAGUGCCCCGAGGCCUGCGCGCAAAUUUCCGACCCAGUGUGCGGAUCCAACGGCCACAGCUACGGAAGCCCCUGCGAGAUGAGAGCAAUGGGUUGUGCCCUUCAGAAGAUCAUCCAGAUCCAGCACAAAGGACCCUGCGAUGAGUCUUGUGCCAACUGCUCUUUCGGGGCAAUCUGUGAUGCCCAGAGCGGACAGUGUGUGUGCACGUCGGAGUGUGUGGACUCCCACCAGCCUGUGUGUGGCAGCGACGGCACCACCUACAACAGCGAGUGUGAGCUGAAUGUUUUGGCCUGCAAAGAACAGAUGGACCUCAGGGUGAUCAGCCAAGGAGAGUGCCAAACAUGUGGCAGCACAGUUUGUGCCUGGGGUGCCCGGUGUGUCCAGAAUAAGUGCAAGUGCCCAGAGUGCUUCGGCGAGGCCUUAUCGCCAGUGUGCGGCAGCGACGGCAACACCUACAACAACAAGUGUGAACUGGGAGUUUAUACCUGCAUGCAGAAGAGGAGGAUUGAUGUGGCUAAAACCGGCAGCUGCGAUGAAGCAGACUGCGGCUCGGGAGGGUCAGGCUCAGGAGUGGAGAGCUGCGAGCAGGACCGCUGCCGCAUGUUUGGAGGCUCGUGGGAUGAGGAUGCAGAGGAGGACCGAUGCGUGUGUGACUUCACCUGCCAGAGUGUGCCUCACAACCCGGUUUGUGGCUCAAAUGGCAAAAACUACAGCAACGAGUGCGAGCUGAAGAAGGCCAGAUGUGAGAAUCAAGAGCACUUGUUGAUUCAGAAUCAGGGGCCGUGUGCAGUGACUUCAGCCACAUCUCUGCCUGUGCUGAAAGCGCCUCAGCACUGCAGUCUGUCUGUGUACGGCUGCUGCUCCGACAACAUGACGGCCGCCUCAGGAGUCGGACUGGCUGGAUGUCCCAGCACCUGUCAGUGUAACCCGUAUGGCUCCUACAAGGGCACAUGUGACCCAGCCAGCGGACAGUGUUCCUGUAAGCCGGGCGUCGGGGGACAGAAGUGUGACCGAUGCGAGCCGGGCUUCUGGAACUUCCGUGGCAUCGUGACGGAGAACAUGAGCGGCUGCACGCCAUGUAACUGCGACGCCACAGGCUCGGUCCGGGACGACUGUGAGCAGAUGUCAGGUCUGUGUUCCUGCAAGACGGGAGUGAAAGGCAUGAAGUGCAACGUGUGUCCAGAUGGAAGCAAGAUGGGCAUGAAUGGCUGCGACAAAGGUCCCGAGGCUCCGACUUCAUGUGAAGAGCUGGUGUGCAGCUUCGGAGCUUCCUGCAUCGAGGUGAACGACCAGGCCCACUGCGAGUGCCCCUCACCGGACUGCGACGAGAAAAACAAAUCCAAGGUGUGCGGCUCCGACGGGGUGACCUAUGCCGACCAGUGCCAGCUGAGGACCAUAGCCUGCAGACAGGACAAGGACAUUGCAGUGCUGCACUUCGGACAGUGCACAGAAACCAUCUCCGAGCCGGCAGAGCGACCAACCCCCAACCCCAUCACCACCACCCCCAGCUCCAAUGCCGCUGUCUCCAUCACCACCGCAGCCCCCAUCCCCACCAACAUGGUGUGGGCCAUCCCACCUCCGAGGACGGCCGAGACAGAGACCACCCAGCGGCCCCCGGCCACCACCCCAUUUUCUACUCUCACCCGCAACCGCGCGCGAUCUAACCACCCCGACCCAAACAUCCACAAGCCACCUCCGUCAACCACCGCCUCAUCCCGCAGAAGCCCCCCUCCCUCAGCUGCAGUGUCCUCUCUCGAGGGCUCGGGCAGCGGGGAGCCAAGCGGGGACGACCAAACGGAGGAAGAGGACGAGCCGGAACUGGAACCAGGUAGCGGCGUUCCAACAGAGGCCAGUGGGGCAGAAGAGACUGUCGGUACCACGCUGGCGAGCACGACUGUACCCUCACCUGAAGUAAGGUCGUCCUGCGACAACACGGAGUUCGGCUGCUGUCCUGACGGCAAGACGGCAUCCAACACUCCAGAGGGCGCCAACUGCCCCUCCACCAUGAGGUUCAGUGGUUUCCUGCACUUGGACCAGGUGGAGGGCCAAGAGAUCUUCUACACCCCGGAGAUGGAGGACCCCAAGUCGGAGUUGUUUGGAGAGACCGCCCGCAGCAUAGAGAGCGCUCUCAAUGACUUGUUCAGGAAGUCGGAGGUGCACAAAGACUUCAUGAGCGUUCGCGUCCGUAACCUGGCACCCAGCAACUCCAUCCUGGCCUUUGUGGAGGCUCACUUCAGACCAGAUACAAGAUACACAGUGGAGGACAUUGAAGGAUCCCUGCUGAAACAGCUGAAGGCCUCCAAAGAGACCGGCAUCGCCGUGAAGAAGCCGGAGGACGAGAAUAUUCGCUUCACCAAUUAUGGCCUCUCCACCACUACCACCACCACGGCAUCCGUCACCACAGCCGCUCCCACCACCGCCACCACGACCACCACCACCAGGCCUCCGGCGACCUCCCCCUACAUCACCCGCCGGCCACCGGGCACCACCCGCAGACGCACGACCACCACUUCAGCACCGGCUACCACGCCCCUCCUCACAACAGCAGCCGUCACCACGACCUCUCAGCCUCCUGCCACCACCAUCGCCCGCUUCAGGGGCAAGCCUCACCACAAGGCCCACAAGCCGUGCGACUCCCACCCCUGCCUCCACGGGGGCACCUGCGAGGACGACGGCAACGACUUCAGCUGCAAGUGUCCCGCCGGGCGGGGGGGCUCAGUGUGUGAAAAGGUGAUCAAGUACUUCAUCCCGUCCUUUGGAGGCCAGUCCUACUUGGCCUUCGCGACGAUGAGCGCCUACCACACGGUCCGCAUCGCCAUGGAGUUCAGGGCGUCCGAGGAGACCGGCAUCCUGCUCUACAACGGCCAGGAGGGCAAGAAGGACUUCAUCUCUCUGGCGCUGGUCAACGGCCGGGUGGAGCUCAGGUUCAACACGGGUUCGGGCACAGGGACGCUGCUCAGCAAAGUGCAGAUCACUCAGGGCCGCUGGCAUCAGCUGGUGGUGACUCGCAAUCGGCGAAACGCCAUGCUCAGCGUGGACAACGAGCCGCACAUCGAGGGCGAGAGUCCCCGCGGCACAGACGGCCUGAACCUGGACACCAACCUCUUCAUCGGAGGAGUGACUGAGGAGAUGAAGCAGGAUGUGAAGGAGAGGACAGCGGUGGCCACAGGUCUGGUGGGCUGCAUCCGACUGCUGGACGUCAACAACCGAGUGCUCAACUUGCAAGAGAGCGACGGCAACAGUCUGUACGGCAGCGGCGUGGGCGAAUGUGGCAACAACCCCUGCCAGCCCAAUCCCUGUAAGAACGGCGCAGCGUGCCAGGUGAAGGAGGCCGAGAUGUUCCACUGCAAGUGCAGCAGAGGAUUCUGGGGUCCAACCUGCGCCGAUGUUCACGACCCAUGUGAGCCCAACAGGUGCCAUCCAUCCUCCCAGUGCCAGGCGCUGCCAGAAGGAGGCUACAAAUGCGAGUGUCCCAUGGGGCGUGAAGGAAGGCACUGUGAAAAAGUGGCUGAGAGGAGAGGGGCUUACCUGCCGCAAUUCAACGGAGACUCGUACCUGGAGCUAAAGGGGCUGCAUCUCUACGGGCACGAUCUGCGUCAAAAGGUCAGUAUGACAGUGGUUCUCAUGGCCAACGACUCCAACGGUGUGAUCUUCUACAACGGCCAAAAGACGGACGGAAAAGGAGACUUCAUCUCUCUGUCCCUCAACAACGGGAUCCUGGAGUUCCGCUACGACCUGGGCAAGGGACCUGCUACCAUCAGGAGUAAAGAACCAAUCCAGCUGAACGUGUGGAACACCAUCAACCUGGAGCGCUCCAACCGCAAAGGAGAGAUCAUGGUGAACAAGAAGGACCCUGUCCGAGGGGAGGCACCGAAUCUCCACGUGGAUCUUAACCUGAAGGAGUCGCUCUUCGUCGGGGGAGCUCCUGAUUACAGCCGCCUGGCACGAGUCGCCGCUCUCACGGAGGGUUUCAAGGGAACAAUCCAAAAGAUCAUUCUGAUGGGCACACCCAUCCUCCGAGAGGAGAACGCCCAGCGCUCCAGCAACGUGGCCAUGUUCCAGCACCACCCGUGUUCUCAGGAUCCCUGCCACAACGGCGGGCAGUGCACCCCCCAGCUGGACACGUAUGAGUGCGCCUGUCUGAACGGUUUCUCAGGGGGACACUGUCAGAACACCAUCUACGAGAAGUCUGCCGGGGAGACCGAGGCCGUGGCCUUUGACGGGCGGACGUUCAUCGAGUACCACAACGCCGUUACAAAGAGUGAGAAAGCUCUGCUGGUGAACAAAUUUGAGCUGAGCAUCCGGACGGAGGCGACCCAGGGCCUGGUGCUGUGGAGCGGCAAGGGCGUGGAGCGGUCAGACUACAUCGCCCUGGCCAUCAUGGACGGCCACGUCCAGAUGACAUACGACUUGGGCUCCAAGCCUGUGGUGCUGCGCUCCUCCGUGCGCGUCGACACCAACCGCUGGAUACGCAUCAAGGCCAGCAGAGCACUUAGAGACGGAUCUCUGCAGGUCGGCAACGAGGCAGCAAUAACCGGGUCGUCGCCUUUGGCAGCAACACAGCUGGACACAGACGGAGCCCUGUGGCUGGGUGGUCUGGAGGAGCUGGCAGUGGCCCGUCGGUUGCCCAAGGCCUACAGCACCGGCUUUGUUGGCUGCAUCAAAGACGUGGUUGUGGACGGCGUGGAGCUCCACCUGGUGGAGGACGCCUUGAACAGCCCCAAGAUAUUACACUGUUCCGCCGCCAAAUAACCCAGCAGGGACAAAUAUAUACCGAGAGAAAUGGGGAAAAAAAACCCCUCCCGACACCCGCUCCCUCCAUAGCGCUCAUGUCUCCUGCUGUAAUUAUUUUCUAUUUUUGUAUACUUUUCAUUGCUUUUUAUAAGGAGAGAAAAUUAAUAUGGUGUUUUAAUUUUUGUUUUAUAUGUUUUGUUGCGCACCUCUGUUCACAGAACACACUGUUUUUUUUUCUUUAGUACCCCGGCUCUUUUAUUUUCAUUUUUUUCAAAAAGAUCUAAAAAAAAAACAGGCAUCUCUGAAAAAAAGAGAUUUUAUUCUUGUCAGUUUUGUUGUUUUAAAACAAACACCAACAUUGAAAAAAACAAAAGUCCUGCUCCGUCUCCUCGCUCAUUACUUGAACACUGGUGGACCUUGCUGACGAUCGCCGGGUGCUGCCUUGUCUUGGUGCCAUAUGUAUCGUCCACAUUCCCCCAAGCAUGGCAUACACAUCCAUGACCACAUAGACACACAUUCCCCCCCCCCCCGGGAGGGUUGGAAGCGGCCAACCACUGUAGAUCGGAAGGCGCAGUUCUUCUAAUGGUGCAGCCGGCUCAUGUCUACCAUCAUGACUCUGUUUUCAGCCCCCGGGAGCCCACUGUAUUUAACUAAUGGGACCUUUCAGAUAUCAGUCAAGCUGCUGCAGUGACAGAGCACACAGUCAUAACCACUCGAUCAGCCCCCAUCUCACAGCGCCCGGAAAAUAUUUAAAGAAAGAGAAGAAAAGAAGAAAAAAAAAAUCCACUCGAUCUGAAUUCCAUCAGAGGCUUUAGUUUUGAAAUAUGACUCACUAACACUGCAAACUGCCACGGCAGAGAGAGCGCUGCGUUCCAAGAUGACUCGCAUAUCAUCAGUCAUAAGUCAAGACAUUAAUCAUAAACAUGAAUAAAUGUUAUAAAUAUAGAGUAUAUAAAUAAUACCUGAGACUGUGAAUAUGUACGAUGGGUUCUCUUUGGAGAAUUGUGCUUUUCAUGUACUAUUGUGCGUUCUGUUUUACAAUCAGCAGAUGAAUUAAUGAUGACCACUAUAAAUGCAUGCACUUCUGCAGUGUUUGGUUUGAAUCUGGAUUUUGUUGGUAUUCUUUUAUCCAUUUUGUUCCCAAAAACAAUAUAAUUUGAAAAAAUAUCACUGUUUUUUUUUUUGUUGUUCUGUCUCUUUUGACUUAAACAGGUUCCUUUUAUUCUCUUAUUUCCACUGAUGUAACUUCAGAAACUACAGAGCUGAAUAAUGUUUCGAUGCUUGUUCAUUCCCUGUGUGUUUUUGUUUGGUUUUUGGUCAACUUUCUUUUUUUUCUUUUCUUGGGAUCUGUUAAUUGAGCAGGACCUUGAACGGUGCAAAUAAGGGGAGGAGUUGUUACCGUAUCUGACCUUAAGGAGGUGCUGAGAGCAAAGACUGAAGAAAAGGACAGACAGAGAGGAAGCGAGGAGAGAUCUUAUCAUGGGGAGAGCUACUACUACCCCUGGGCAUGUCCUGUCCAACAACAGUCAACACCAAUGCGUCAAAAAAGACUUGAUUUCCUUUUUCGUAUUUGACCUAGGAACAUUCCUGGAGGAGUCUCGUGGCGAUGAGAAAGCGAGCGGAAGAGACUGUGAGGUUUGUUGUGACCUUUUAAAGCCAUAACAGCCACGGAAAAAUGGGAAUAAGAUACAUAAUCCUACAGUACUUGCAAAUUAACAUAGCGACGCAUGAGUUUGUAUUACUAGUGCGAAUUCUGUAAUGGUGAACUGCUGCAACGUGGAGUCGUCUUUACUGGACCACAAUAAUCUGCGUUGACUGACUUAAAGACACUCUCGUUUUGAUAUGAGAAUCUUUGGCAAUAUUAUAAGACAUAAUCAUGCCUGUUUGUGGUUGAGUAUCAAAUGGUCUUGUACUGUUUUCGUUUUUUUUUUUGUCCUUCCUUACGUUCUUAAUUACGUUUCCCUUCUUCAAUCAUCCGGCAACCUGUUUUUGUACAGCCCUGCGACUUUUAAGUGUAAAUUUAGCAAAUGUUUGCUCUGUGGAGGUUUAUGUUUUUAGUAAUAUACACUGGAACCAUGUCUGACUUGUCUGCUCACCUACACGAUGAUAUACUUAAUGUACAUGGGGGAGGGUUAGCCCGAGAGCUAUAACUGUGUUGUGUUCAAUCAAGUGUCCGUGCCAGAUCCAGGAAAAAUCUCCUCUGGUUUAGACACAUUUCAACCUGUCAACCUUAGACUGGUCUCAUUUUCACCGCAACUGUUUCAAUUUGACCCGCUCAGGUGGGGGAGGCAGUCUUGUAUAUUUGAAUGGACUGGAGAACAGUAAAGACGACAACAGUCUAUGGUUCGGGUGGAAACUAUGAAUUGCCUUAAAAACCGGUCACCUCGACUCUGAGCAGGUGACAAAGACGUCAUCCAUAUAACUGUUUCCUUACUUUUAGCCAGUGUAUUAGCCUCAUCCCCAUAAUGUAAAUGAGUAAAGCAUAAUAACAAUAAUUAUAUUAGUAAUAAUGCUCAUACACAACAAAAUCCCAGGGGGCCUCUGCAAAUGUCCCCUCUAGCUUUUUACAAAAAAAAAAAAAAUCCUCUAUCUACUGUUUUCUGAAUCUAUUUUCUUUUUCUUAUUUAUGUCUACAUGUGGGUUAGCCUCCAUGUCCGGCCCUCUGUAAACUACUGUCUGACUGCGCAAACCUUCUCAAAGGGCAGUGCACCGAGUAAGCGUGGCAUGACCUGAACAUUACUAACUUUAUGACCUCUGUCUUGUGUUCAUACCACCAUGAAAUAAAAUGUCAACCAAAUGGA